AUGGCGGGUAAACAGUUGAGAGCCUCUGCCAAGAGCAAGAAGUCCCCAACAAAAGCCAAAAGCUCCAGCCCGGGCCGCAAUAAGAAUAGAGGUUCAGCUAAACCGUUGACAAAUGCUAAUCGAGACUCGAUUGCUGCAGAGCGAGUUCGGGCCCUGGAGGAAGAAACCAAGACUCUGAAAGAACGAUACAAGGCUCUGAAGACCGUCUUCUUCGAGGAUAACAACAACAUGCUCUCCCCUCAGCAGAAGAAGGAGCUUAUUUCUCGACUAGACGGUUACUGCGUACAGGAUGAGUUUGAUGUCAUUGCCUCCAGUCUCCCCAAAAUUCCACGUGACGUCUCUCUAGAAACAAUGGUGAAGCUUCUUCUUGUCAAAGAGUGCAUUUCCCGAUUCUUCACGAAUCCCUUUUGGUAUCUUGUCCCGAAUCCUGGUACUAAAGAGAACCCGAAGAUGGAUACAACUGGCUUUGGAGCCCAGGUCUUUGCUCUUUAUGAGAAUAUUCGCGCCUCUGACCCAUCUGCUGCCCACCCCUGGAGGUUAUGGACGACCCGUUUUUCCAACCCAAGCGACGAGUUCGGCAAAGCUAUGGUCGCUCAACGAAAGCGUAUUGUCGAUAAGAUAUGUGAGGAUUUCUUGGAUCAAGACCUGCUGAAGUUCCUUCUAAAGAAUUCCGAGGAAUCUGCUUUCCAUGAUGCCCUUGUUCACUUGCAGAAGUGCUUCAACGAUGCCGCACAGACCUCUGUGAUACUCGCAUCGCAUCUCAAAUAUCUAGAGCUGGAAACAUUUCCCAGAAUAGGUAGUCGCAUUCUUUUCAUUGAUUUCCCUGCUGUUUAUAUUUGUGAUGGUCGUAAGGAUUCAUCUUGCCGGACGCUUGGCCACCCAGCCGUUGUCUAUGUUGAGGAUAAUGAUGAGGAUAGUGAUGAGGAUAGUGAUGAGGAUAGUGAUGAGGAUAGUGAUGAGGAUAGUGAUGAGGAUAGUGAUGAGGAUAGUGAUGAGGAUAGUGAUGAGGAUAAUGAUGUGGAUGAUUCCAACAGCUCUUGA